AUGUUAUCCGAAUAUCCCGCAAGCUUUCUACAAAAAGGUGAGUCAUAUUUUAUCUACCUCACACACAACACAACGCGCAGACGAUCAUACGAUACUCACCUUUUGCAAACGGAUACUACGAAUGGAUUUCAAAUUAUAUUCAGGGAUUUAUAUCUCUAUUAUGGCGAACAAAUCCAGAUAGGGAAAGGUACUGAUCCGUCUGAUCUACAGUCUGUCAUUACAGCCAUCAAUGGAUAUAGACAUUGCUGUCCCAGUGAUGUUUAUGUAGAGAGCAGUGAUAUGUGGAUCGCGAUCAUAGGAGGCAUGGAAUACUACAACCUUGAAGUAUAUGCUGAGAUAAUAUCUACUGAUCUUUCCACUUUAUAUAGAUGUUCGAUUUCUGACAAAUUUGUUCCAACGUCAGCCCUUUGCGAUGGAUUUUACCAUUGUGAUCAUUUUGAGGAUGAAUUAGCGUGCAAUCACUCAACAAGGUUUUUAGCCUCUGGCCAGUCCACUUUCAUCACCGCUUAUUUCGUGGACAGCGGACAUUUUGGUAUAUCUGUUCUAAGCACAAACGCGACUGCAAUAUUUCGACUCGAGUCCCAGGAGGAUCAUCGUCAAAACAGUGAGGAAACAAUUCUAAUAGGAACCGGAAAUGACGUCAAAUCAGCUAUUAGAACGUUCCAUGGAGAUACUCCAUACCAUGCUGAUAUAUACGUAGGAUCAAAUGUGAUUUGGAUUGCUAUUGUUGGUCAUAAGGACUACAACUACUACGGGAACUAUCAUGACUCUUAUGAGAGUUAUUAUGACUCAUAUGACUAUAGUUAUGACAAUAGUGACAUCAAUCUCAAGGUCACUGCAAUUGACAGGUCUGAUCUACAGGAAUGCGGAAUGACUGGCCUGUCUUUCUCAAAUAAUGACCGAUGUGAUGAAGUAUUUACGUGUCCAGACUUUGCCGAUGAAGAAGAGUGCAGUCAUCCAUCCAUUUUUCUCCUUGAAAACGAAAAUUACACAAUUGCCUUUUCCGAUAUCAAAGCAGAGACCUACAAUGAAACACUUUUUAAGACCAGCGCUUCAAAUGGAUUUCGAAUAAGGUUUUUGGAUAUCUACCUUGCUUGCUAUGAUUAUUAUAGUUAUGGACAAUGCGACGAUGCUGUCAUUCAGAUAGGCACCGGAUAUGGUAGUGCUAACAGCCGAUCGAUCGUGAAAACACUUCGUGCUUUUACUUAUUUCGAGGACGAUGUUCAUGUGGAUUCCAGUGAGAUGUGGAUAUCAAUCAGCGGUAUAUGGAGAUAUGACACGUAUGGCUCAAACGCGUACGGCUAUGGCGAGAUGGAAUUGAGCACUGCCAGGUUGAAUAGUCUGAGACCCUGUGCCAACUCGAAUCGGGUGAUUUCUCAAGACAAUAUCUGUGACGGAUUUUAUCAAUGCGAUGAUUAUUCGGAUGAAAUAUCUUGCGAUAACGCAGAGGUAGUUUUGCAUGAAGGAGAAUCGUUUGGCAUAAAGGUUGUAAAUGCUGCACGUAGAUCAUAUAAUACUACGAUACUUCAAACGAAUGUAACAUUGGGAUUCCGAGUGCAUGUCGGCUCCUCCGACUACGGGGAUUGGUACGGAGCUCGUAUUGCAAUUGGUACACGUAACAACUCAAGUCCAAUCUAUGAAUGGUCCUCGACCAGUAACUACAAUUAUUUCUCCAAUGACUAUGAUGUGUAUGUGACGACGAAUGAAAUAUGGACUGCCAUCAUUGGUGGUGUUUACCAUGCGUAUGGGUCUAUGGAAUUCAAUGUCACUUCGGUUGAUAUACCAGACUUGUAUACCUGCCCGGGAAACUCCCAUAUCGGAAUUCCUCAGAGUAGACUGUGUGAUGGAAGGUAUGACUGCAGCAAUUAUGAAGAUGAAUCGUCAUGCAACGAAUCUUCAAUACUUAUAAACGACGAGACGUUUUACUUCAGUGUCUACACUUGGGUCUACGAUUAUCAAAGACUUUACAGAGAUUGGCUCUUCGAAACGAACACUGGAAAUAGCUUUCGUGUUGACCUGUAUAUAAACGUGGAAUGCUAUAACUAUUACUGUAGACAAGGUCAUGAAGGUGGACAUGAUGGAGUGUUCAGUCUUAUUAUUGGGACAGGAAAAGAUUCAACCAACCAGGAGUCAGUUGUUCAAACAUUCACUACCGAGAUUACUUAUUGGCCAUACUUUAGGAGUUAUGAAGAGUUGUAUGUUGACAGCCAAGAAAUAUGGAUUGUUUUGAUUGGUCCGCAGUUUGUUGGAUAUGGUGACAACAGCGCAAUUAAUUUAGAAAUAAAUGGCGUUAACAUGUCUGGAUGGAUACCAUGCAAGGAUUCAAAAACAAGUGUGUCUCCAGAUUACGCAUGUAACGGUCGGUACGAAUGCGACGAUUACGGAGAUGAAAUAUCAUGUGAUCGUUCACCGACCAUCAUCAGUGAAGGGGAAUCUUAUGCCAUCUCAGAUUUGGAAUUGUUUGAACGGGAAUACCAUGCCUUAAUUAUACAAACCAACCAAUACUCUAGAUUUCAUAUCAGGUUCCAACAUAUCUCUCUUGGCUGUUGUGAUGAGCGUGUGCAGAUCGGAACGGGGACUGAUCUAUCUGACGAAGAUUCCGUUAUAAUGUCCAUCCAGGGAUAUACGAAUUAUGUCGAUGAUGUUUAUGUGAAUACUACCCACAUGUGGCUUGUCAUGACUGGUCAUAAGGACUCUGACAACUAUCCUAAUGGUCAUGUCGAUAUGAUUGUCACUGCUACCUCUCUUUCUGGUGGAUGUCUCUCAAACCCCUGUCUAAACGGAGGAACUUGCAAUCACAUUGCUGAUGGCGGAUACCGAUGUGACUGCAUGAAUACCUUUACCGGACUCAACUGUGAAAUAGCAAACACCAAUCCCUGUGUCGAACGAAAUCCGUGUGUCCAUGGUGUCUGCAUUAACAUAGGACAAGAACGGUACGAGUGCGAAUGCCAAGAUAAUUAUGACGGGAUUCAUUGUGAUGAACCCAUUCUUCCAAUAGAGGUUUCUCAGCAUCCGUCUAGCCAAAUAGUCAAUAUCAAUGCCAUUGUAAACCUGACAUGCGGUUUCAACCAUGCCAAGCGUUACCACUGGUACAAAACUGUCAGGGAAGAGGGAUACGGUGUCCUUUUGCCAGACAGUGAGAAUCGGAAUCCAUUGAUAAUCACGUCUGCCUCACACAAUGACAUCGGGUAUUACUUCUGUAGAGGUGAAGGUAGAAAUGGAGAAACUUUGGAGACGGCGCGAGCAUCUGUAUAUCUUAGAGAUCUAACCAAUUUAGAGGUUUUGAAUGUUCGAUUUGCUACUCCAUUUCGCGAAGAGCUUCGUGACCAAACUUCAAUAAUGUAUAAAGAAACAGCUUCCUAUAUCACCACCUUUAUGGGAGAAGGCUUGAAAAAAAGUACCGGUCUAGAAGGUGUAUCGGUAGUAUGUAGAGCUCUAAGACCAGGAAGCAUCGAGGCUGAUUUGAAUAUCUACCUUGAUGACACCAAUAUGACGGCACUGGAUACGGAACAUCUAAUCAGUGAAUCGAUUCAAAGUAUGGCAGAAAACUCCAACGGUUUUCUAGAUUCAUCGUCAAUUUCAAUUCAAAAUAACGCAAUUUGCCGGAAUAUAACAUGGAUUUCUCCGCGUCUCGAGAGGGUUGAAUUUCCAGUUGGUGAAAAUGGAACAUGGGCAAACUCAACAGGAAGAUGUCCGUUCAACACUACACAAGCUGAUGGACCCAUUGGACGAGCACUUUGUAUCGGAGAUGGCAUUACACAGAGUCGAUGGCAACCUAUGGAUAAUUGUGGACCUUUUAGAAAUGUUACAGAUAUUCUCACAGAAAUUGCAGAGGCAAGCAUUACUGAAGAAAACGCAGGUGAAGUUAGCCAACAAGUGGAAGCAGUUUCUUCAAAUAUCGAAGACAUCACAUCAGAUGACGUCACAUUAAUAGCAGAGAUUACAUCAAGUAUCGUACAGCAAAAUGUUACAAAUGAACAGGUAACGGAGGAUCUAACUGGUACUCUAAGCAAUGUAGCAGAGGUACAAACAGAUGUACUCGUAGCUGCGGAGGAAGCCGUUUCUAAAUUAGUAGAGGCUUUUGAGGAGCAAAUCAAUCGUGUUGAGGUAGCCGACGGUGAGAUGCUCAACAUUCAGCAGCCAAAUGUUGCUGUACAGAUCCAGAGUGUAUCUGCUGAUGAGGGUAUGGGUGGACUUGUUCUCUCUCUGGCCGGAUCUAGUCUUUCUGAUCUGACUAAGGCCAAUUUUACCAUCAGCGCUCCGACCCAAGGUGACCACCAGGACGAUGACAGUAUUGCUUCUAAACCAGACACUAUCGCACAGGUCAACAUCCCAUCUUCGGUUUCAUCAGCCAUAUCAUCCACGAAUCCUCUUACGGGAUCGUCGUCGAAUGGCAGCGGUGAAUACAUCCGUAUAAACUUCAACGUUUUUUCAACUCCAGCCUUAUUCAUUUCUAAAUCACUGCGUGAAUUCAGUGCAGAUAAUGAAGUCGUCAAUCGUUCAGCUAACACUCCUGUCAUAGCCGUCAGCAUCGGUGGGAGAAAAAUAGAAUCUUUGGCAGAGUCCAUUAACUUCACCUUUUCGACACUAUUGUCUGGAUAUGAUAAUCCCAUGUGUUCAUUCUGGGAUGAUGAGAAAGCAGAUUGGGCCCAAGAUGGAUGUUCACUUAUUUCUAGAGUCGGAUCAACCGAUGAUGAUAAUAGUUAUGCCAACUCUGAAUCAACACAGGAGGGUUCUUUUGAUGAGAGAGUUCGAUGUGCGUGUGACCAUCUCACCAACUUCGCCGUAUUAAUGGUGAGUGACAAAGUCAUUCGGGAUUUGAGGACGAAACAGACCAGUCAGAUCUUCAUCUGUCUAUGUGCAACCUUACUGUGUCUCUACAUAACGUUCGUCAUCAUGAUCUCUCUGGAUUCAAUCAGAGAUUACCGUGAGGUUCAAGCAGGACCUUGUGGGUUCCUUUCAGCCCUUGUACACUACUUCGUUCUCUCCUCUAUUGCAUGGAUGGGAGUGGAAGGAUACAAUACAUAUCUUAUUAUUGUGAAGAUAUUCAACACCUACAUCCCAAACUUCAUGAUCAAGGCAUGUCUGGCUGCAUGGGGAGUUCCUGCACUCAUUGUGCUUCUCACAGGGGUUAUUGCCAGAGAAUCGUACGCCCAUGAUGAUUUGUGUUUCCUGCAAUUCUGGGCUCAGAUUGGUGGUCUCCUGAUUCCUAUGUCUAUCAUCCUCGCCAUCAACAUCGUUAUCUUCAUCUUGGUCAUUCGUCAGUUGUACCAAUCAGCCAACAUCGCUGGUCGGAUGAAGAGGGAGGCUGAGGUUGAACGUCGAGAGACCAUUGAACGAGUCCAGAAUGCGAUUUGUAUCCUGCUCCUUCUUGGUCUGACUUGGAUCACUGGUUAUCUUCUGCUGAUUCCAUCAUUUAGUCCAGUGGCUCAGCCAAUCUUUAUCGUACUGAACUCCUUCCAAGGACUGUUCAUCUUCCUACUAUAUUGCGUCAGGAAACCUCACAUCCGGAAGAGAUGGGGGCUAACUUGUAUUGACAAGAAGAAAGAAGUUAGCACUUCUUCUGGUGGUGUACAGAGUUCACUAAACCCAUCCAGUACGUCAGCUGGUGUUAUGAGCGGCACGAUUGGUUUGUUGUCUCCUGGCUCAUCUGGUAAUUACCUAUUACCUACAAAUAAAGAUGACCCUCUAUGUCUGCAAAACCCAACAUAUGACAUAGGGCAGAUUGCAGAAGAAGUCGACCCACCACUCGACAGAGAUGUCAAUAGUUCUAACAAUGGCCAGAAUAACAAAGACAAUGAUGCAACUGAUGCUGGGAUGGUCAGUUUCCAUGUUGGUUAACUGGCCAAGGAUGUUGAUAAUUUUCAUUAGAUGAGUAGAAUAUUUGAGGUGUGUGUUUGGGUGUUGAAAUGCGUGUAUGAUUGUAUAUUUGAUGCAGGGGUGAAAAUUAUUGGUGAUUUCAGUUACGAAGAGCUCAGUCGCAAAAGGCAUUAGGUCCAUUUUUCAUCUGUCUCAAUGUAUAGAUUCUUAGUACAUGUAGCUCUAUAAGGUGAAUCCCAUUAAAAAGUGAACAAAAAUGGCAAAGAAAAAUCACCUUUUUUCAAAAGGGGUUAGGUCCAUUCAGUAAGGGUUAGUUCCUCCAAAAAAAAUUUUGGAAAAGAAUAUCUAAAAAAAAUAUGAAGACAGGUAGAUUUCUAUUAUACCCAAUUUUAUGUUCUAAUGGUAGGGUAUCAUGAGAAUUUAGUUUCGAGUUAGAAUAUUGCAUUAUGGGAAAAAAAAAACAAAUGAUUUUCUUGGAGUGGACCUUACCAAUCCAAUCAAACUCUUCUGAAGAGCUCAUUUGUCAAAAGUGGUUAGGUCCAUUUUUCAUGAUUUUUUAUUGUUUUCUUUUUCAAAACCAAUAGAUUUUUAGUUGCUCUGAUGAUACUAAAGAAAAAUUGAAAUUCAUAUAUAUAUAUAUAUAUAUAUAUUGAAGUAAGUCUAUUGCACCCAAUUUCAUAUUCACAUAAUUAGGUAGUACAUCAUUACGAUUUAGUUUCUCUUAUGAACACAUGUAUUUCAAUAAGUGAGAAUAAAAAACGUGGUUUUUCUAGGAAUGGUCCAAAGAGGAUAACCCCUUUUGCAACCGAAUUCUUCAAAUAAAAUACAUUGUUUUGCGUGAUAUAUGACAUAGUAUAGUGUGUUACACAGAUAGGAAAUAUGUUUUCUGCAUUUUUGUUUACAAAAUGCAUUAAUAGGAUUACGAGCGAGUCGUUAUCACAGCUUUCAAUAUUAGGUUAUUGAGAUGCAGUAGCUAUAUAAUGCUCUUAAACAUACAGUUCUCUAUAUAACUUUCAAAGGCUAUCUAUUAAAUGUAUAGAGUGUAUAGUUAUUUUUUUUUUGGUAUAUUACUCAACGAUGUAAGGUGCAUAAACUCAACUUAUGAGAUUGUUCCUUGAGAAAAGAAUUUUUUUAGGUUUAAAAGUUAUUGUUAGUGUAUACUGCUUUAAUGGAUAAAAAAAAAAGUUGUUUUACAUUGUGGAUCGUUAUAAUCAUCCCCGCAUAGACAUUGUUGCUAAUUAAUUUUGCAUAUAUACACAGAUAAACCUGCAUAGAUUAUACGAUUGUUCAUUGAUGGUUUCGUUAUACCAGCCAAUCACUCAUGAUUUUAUCGCUAAAAUACUCAGAAUUUUCUUGCAUUGGUUUCAAUUUAAUGUAUCAACAAAUCAUCAACAAAUGAAAGCAGCCCGUGGUGUAUAUAUACAUGAUCUGGGCCCAGUAACAGACGUUAGCGAUUAAUCGUAUACUUGAGUUUUGCGAUACGCAAUCAAACGUAAAAAAAUUGUUGUACGAAAUUGCUAAGGUUUGUGGUACGGACUCCUGUUCAUCGCAUACAUUACAAAUUGUACCAUGAGAAUUAGUUCAUUACUCUAUCAUUAUUUUCAUGUCAGGCGUUCCAGACAAUAAAUUGAUGUUAGGAGAACAAUAAUUAUAUUCUCAACCAAAAAAGUAAGUCCCCUCUUAAUUAAAAUGCUGCAACUCUUAAAAGAAAUAAUUUCGAGAUUUCUAAUUUCGCAAGGAAUUUUCUACACACGUUGAAUAACUCCUAUGAAAAAAAAUGAGAUUGAUCGGUUGAGUCAUGCAUGAGUAUUCAAAUAUUAAAAUAAAAAUGACGAUUUUGGGAAGUCACAAGAUCAAUUUUUCGUAUUGUGUAAAUACAGUGGGUGAAAUCUUUCUAAGCAGUUCUCCUCACUCAAGGUUAUUUUUAGUAUUCUGUCCAAAUUUAUACUUUCAACUGAUAGACGAGACCAAUGGCAACGACAAAGAAUACAUGCUAAGAAAUUCUCCGGGAAAUUCUCAAUGACUUUUUCAAAGUGCAUAUACAAAACUUUUGAAUUCAAUUUCAAUUCAAUUUCAAUUUAUUUCAUUUUCAACAGAACAAAGUAAAGUGGUCGAGAUAUAAUUACAAUGAACUUAUACAGACAAUAUAAAUUGAGGCAUGUACAAUAUAUGAUAUUUUUUUAUAAGUAAUACAAAACAGAGUAUUAUAUAUUGGCCUAUACAUAAGCAAAAUAUCAUAACCAUUAUAAAAUAAAGUUCUGAGAAAACGGAGGGAUCCACUUAAAAGCAGUGAUUGUAUUGUUGUUGAAAAUGAAAUAAAUUGAAAAUUAAACUUUUGAUGAUACGCACUUUAUUAAAUUGUAUAUAUUUGUAACUUUUACUGAAUAAAAUAAAACAAAUUGUAUGCGAUGCGGACAGGGCCGCUGCGGAAGGCACAUUUGUAGCUGACAAUGCAAUCCAGUGUAAAGAAAAAGAAAUUAAACAUUUUUUUGUAAAUGAA